UGAGAACAAAAUUGUUUGGAAUCUUGAUAUCUCUGCAACUUGUUGCCAUACCAUAUCAUCACAACUGUUGCGUUACCAAGACGAAGAAGUAAAAGAUUUCAGAAUCAGAUCAUCAAAGGCGGCUUAAGAUCUUACUUACACGUGUCCAAUUCUCAGACCCAUGAUUGCUUCAUCAUAUGCAACCCCUCACCUAUAUAUGCACACAUCUCAUCUCAUCUCUUAACCAUUAUCAUACAUAUCAUCUUCUUUAGCUUCUAAUUUCACUCACACAUGGCUUCUUCACCACCCUCACUCAACCACAAACAAGAGGAAGUAGCAGGUGUGGUUGGAGAGAAAUCCAUUUCACUUGAAGACAACGUUCUGCAGAAGCAUGCUGCAUUCUUUGACAUAAACAAAGAUGGUGUCAUUUAUCCAUGGGAAACUUUUCAAGGAAUGCGUGAGAUUGGGAGUGGGAUUUUAUUGUCCAUUGGAGGUGCUAUUUUCAUCAAUCUGUUUCUCAGUCAGACUACUCGUCCUGGAAAGUUUCCAUCUUUACUUUUCCCAAUUGAAGUUAAAAAUAUCCAACUAGGCAAGCAUGGCAGUGACAGUGGAGUCUAUGAUACUGAAGGAAGGUUUGUUCCUUCAAAGUUUGAAGCAAUUUUCAGCAAGCAUGCACAUACAAAUCCAAAUUAUUUGACAUAUGAUGAGUUGAAGGAAAUGAUUAAGGCAAAUAGAGAGCCUAAGAAUUUAACAGGAAGAAUUGGUAGUUUUGUGGAAUGGAACAUACUUUACAAACUUGCAAAAGAUAAGAGUGGUUUGCUUCAAAAAGAUACAAUCAGAGGUGUUUAUGAUGGAAGCUUGUUUGAACAGCUGAAAAACCAACACUCUUCAGGCAAAAAGAAGUAAAAAUUUUCAGACACAGUUUAUUUUUAUUUUUAUGAUGGAAGCUUGUUUCAACAUUCAAAGUGUAUGUCUACUUUUAUGUUCGUCAUUGUUGUAUUUGCCAAGUCAAAGGUAUUUGUGUCAUCAUUUGGAAUUUAUACCUAAAAAGUUUGUACAUAGUGAAACAAGAAGACAAUGUAUUAAAUUGGUGUUCUUACAUAUUACAGUAUUUUAGAUUAAA